CUCGGCUGCACGGAGGCAAGUUGCUUGCAAUCCAAACCACCUGUUCUCCCACACAGAAAACUAAAACCGAAAAUUUCUGAUUUUACAGAUAAAUUUUCCCCUGUGUGUGGUAGUUAAUUAAUUAACUAAUUAAUUAUUUGGAUAAGAAAUUUAUGCACUUUUGACCUCUCGAGAUUCGAAACCACCUGUUCUCCUGCAUAGAAAACUACAACGGAAAAAUAAUAUCCAGUGAGAAUUUCUGAUUUUAAAAAACGUCCUCAGUCUCGAGUGUUUAAGUAAUUAAACAAUUACAUCAGAAAUUAAUCCGCCUUUGACCUCCAAGGAUUCGAAACUACUGAAGACUACCCGAAAAUUUCAGGAUGGUUGGGAAGAUGAGUAUCGUUUUCCGCAUCAUUGACGCCAUUCUCCUCACGGGGGUAUAUCUCUUACAAAAUGUGACCCUGAACCUUUUCCUCAUUCGCAAGUGGGAGGGCAGCAUCCUCCCAUAUUUUUGGUUCUUAUCUGACUUUAUCAUUCUACUCAAUUUCUACCUGACCUUGUACCUCGUUGGAUGUCAUCACCACCGUGAGAAAAAAGCGAAUCGAAGAGAACUCGUCGUUCUACACCAAGUCCGACGUCCGAAUAACUCGACUGGGGGAGAAACCUCGUCCAGUGUGGAUGGGAGUAGCGUGAUAAGCGCGGUCCGACAGGAAUCUCCUUCUCGUACCAGUAACAACCGGUCACAGCGGAUUUCCGAGUACAACUUCACCGCAGGAAUCCCAUGGUUUCACACUCUGACCAAGAAUUUCCCCAUGGCGUACGUAUCCUGGCUGCUCUACUCGGGAACACUCAUCACCAAAAUCGUCCUCCUCUUCAAGAACAAUGUCCCCCAAGGGUUAAAACAUGACGAAUUCUUGGGACCUCAAAUGUUUAGGUUUUCCAUAGGUUUGAGUGCGAUCGUCUUUUCGCUCAUUGUCGCGGCGCACAAAAAUGCGCGAGCAGACCCCUUAAGGAACAACUACUUGAACAACUUGUGUUAUCGCAUAGCCCUGGAAAUUCUGGAUUCGGUAAGUUUCCUGACUAUCAUCACCCCUACCGAGUCCCAUUUAAUGUCCACGUACACGUUCGAGAACGAAAUCCUCAUCUUGGCAUCAAUCAACUUGUUCCUCCCGUCAAUGACGCUCUACAAACUAUGCGCCACAGACUUUGGACGUAACGUUGCGUAUCCGAUCGAGACUUGGUACAAGUUCAUCCACUUGAUCGUGGUGGACGGAGCCUUCAUGGGGAUUCGGAUUUAUUUCUGGUCCAUGUUCCAGGCCGACACGGCCAUCUUCUUGAUCAAGAAUAUUUAUGCCGUGGUCAACUUUGGGCGUGAACUUCCCUCAGAAUUCAAGGAUCUUAAGACGUAUUGCUGCACGAGGAAAGCAGAGGACGAAGUGGAGUUGGGUGGCAGAGGGUUGCACGGGGACGGAGGGGAUGACGAGGAUGACGACUCCAUUGGAGAAAUGAGAAUGCAGAGUUUAAAUAAGGAACCUCUCGGAAUCGGAGUCAACCUCAACGACGGAACCGGCUACAAUUGGCGACGUGGCGACGGAUCAAUUUCAACCCGAGGCGUGCACGGUUCCGCACAAUCGUCUCUCGUCCAAGUAUACGCCAUCAAUUCGGAAGCGACAAAUGGUCACGUUCCAACAAGUACGCAGGGCGGAGGAGCAGUCGACGACUCAAAUUCUCAACUGGACGACGAGGACACCACAAAUUUGGUAGAGGACGACGAAGAAGUUUCGGAAUCUCAGUCAGGUCGCGAUGUGGACUCGCUAGACCCGACCGUUACUCAAUCAGAAUCAUCCUCCGUGCCGCCCGAAUGGGACAAGAAUAAAGAGUUGAGAGCGACACAGAGCCACCCAUAAAAAAACUAUCAAAUUUUUCCUCUCUCUGUAUCAAAUCUAAAAUGUAAAUUUGUAACCUGCAUUUAAAAUUGUUGAUGGCAAACGUGAAUUUUUCAUCUCAACAAAAUUCCAUCAACCCCAACGGCUCUUCAUCUCAUAUAAUAUACUUACUUAAAAACUUGAUGUCAACCAAUGCACAAAUAUUGUAAUUAAUUAAUUAAUUACCGCUAUUUAUCAGUACAAAUGGUAUCCCCUACUUCUUAAUGUAUUAAUUAAUUAAUUUUAGUAGAACCAUAUCCAUCCAAAAUUAGUAUUGAUGGAAAUUAAUUGUCCGCCUUUAGUGAUCCUUGAACAUCGAGGUAUUUAUUUAUUUAUUUAUUUGUGAGAAUCUCCAAAGAGAGUGAGAGAGCGGUAUAUUUUUUAUUUUUACGGUUUAUUACUUGUUACCUUGGGGGGAUGGGAAGAAAAAAUGGCUUAAUUCCGCUCCAUAAUUAUUGUAAACUAUGAGCUAAAUACAUUCUAUGUACAAGUAUAGGUUAAUUGUUACUCGGUGUGUGUGUGUCAGUAGCUUGGUCAUGUAUGUAUGAUCAUGGAUGUAGCUUUAUGUGUAGAUUUCCUCCUGUUAAAUAUUUUCUGUUGACGCCAUUUUACGUACUAGAGCUUAUGUAAUACGUACACAUACAUAUUUAUGUUAUAGAUAAGGUACUUAUUUAUUCUUGAGACUGACUACUUUCGUGGGUGGAUAAUCAAGCUAAUUUGGUGGUCACUUCAGUUGGCUGACUCCCAAAAAACAAAAAAAAACACAGAUCUCACACCCAGAAUCUCGUCCCACUUAAGAAGACGAGCCAUUAAAUAUACUUAAGAUGUGGCAUUGCUGACUACUCCUGGUACCUUUUUACCCAAAAUUAAUUACGCACAUUUACGUGAUAACCUGUCCCUGUACGUACGUAUGUACCUGUACCACCAUUUUGCUACUUACUUCUAUUUUACCUACAGAUUUUUUUUACUCUUUUUCCGACCAAAUUUUAACCAGCAAUGCAUCAAUUCUCGUUGCUGUCUGUUAUAGUUAGUUAUUUAAUUGUAAGAUUUAAAAGUAUUUAACGUAUAAAAAAUAUAUUUAUGCAAAUGUAUGUACUCAGAUUGGAUGGAAAUAAAUAAAUUAAUGUACCCGUCUAA